AAAGUAAAGUAGAAACGAAUCCCGAGGAACACCAAGAAACGAUAGAUACUUCUUGAAGUAGAAGAAGAAGAAGAAAGAGCGACAGAAACAAUGGGAGGUUCUUUGUUUGGUGCAGCCAGAUCAGGGCAGACGAUAAUGGUUGCUCUCGUUCUUAUGGUUGGAUCAUUUUACACUGGCUCUCUCUUCGGAACCAACCAACCCAUUUACGUCUCUCAACCUUCUUCUCACCCUGCUUCUUCCAAAUUUGCAAACAAAGUCGCGCUUACUUAUAGGAGAUUACCACUAGUCAUACCUGAAACUGGGAUGAAUGUGUGUCCAUUGGAGUUCAAUGAGUAUAUCCCUUGUCACAAUGUCACUUAUGUGCAUCAGCUGCUUCCAAGCUUGAAUCUUUCUAGAAGAGAAGAGCUCGAAAGGCAUUGCCCGCCACUCGAGCAGCGCCUCUUUUGCUUGGUACCUCCACCAAAUGAUUAUAAGAUACCUAUAAAAUGGCCAACCAGCUUGGUACCUCCACCAAAUGAUUAUAAGAUACCUAUAAAAUGGCCAACCAGUAGAGACUAUGUAUGGAGAAGUAACGUGAAUCAUACACAUCUUGCUCAAGUUAAGGGUGGCCAAAAUUGGGUGCAUGAGCAAGGUCAGUUUUGGUGGUUCCCUGGUGGUGGUACUCAUUUUAAGCAUGGAGCUGCAGAAUACAUCCAGAGGUUGGGGAAUAUGAUGACUAAUGAAACAGGUGACUUGCGUUCGGCUGGGGUGGUACAAGUUCUUGAUGUUGGCUGUGGCGUUGCGAGCUUUGCGGCUUAUCUUCUUCCUUUAGGUAUACAGACAAUGUCAUUUGCUCCCAAAGAUGGUCAUGAAAACCAGAUUCAGUUUGCAUUGGAAAGAGGCAUCGGUGCAAUGAUAUCCGCGGUUGCCACCAAACAAAUGCCUUAUCCUGCAGCCUCGUUUGAGAUGGUUCAUUGUUCGAGAUGUCGUGUUGAUUGGCAUGCAAAUGAUGGCAUCUUACUAAAAGAAGUUCAUCGUCUUCUCCGACCAAAUGGAUUCUUUGUGUAUUCAUCGCCACCAGCUUAUAGAAAUGAUAAAGAGUAUCCUAUGAUCUGGGAUAAGUUGGUCAAUCUAACUAGUGCAAUGUGCUGGAAGCUCAUUUCCCGGAAGGUACAGACUGCAAUAUGGAUUAAAGACGAGAAUGAGGUGUGUCUUAGGCAGAAUGCAGAGCUAAAGCUCAUAAGUUUAUGUGAUGUGGAAGAUGUUUUGAAACCAUCAUGGAAAGUUACUCUGAGAGAUUGUGUGCAAAUCAGUGGACAAACAGAAGAGAGACCCUCUUCUUUAGCUGAACGUCUUUCUGCGUAUCCGGGGACUCUAAGAAAAAUAGGGAUCAGUGAAGAUGAAUAUACAUCAGAUACAGUCUACUGGAGAGAACAAGUUAAUCACUAUUGGCGGUUAAUGAAUGUCAAUGAGACUGAAGUCAGGAAUGCGAUGGACAUGAACGCAUUCAUUGGUGGGUUUGCUGCAGCUAUGAAUUCGUAUCCUGUUUGGGUAAUGAACAUAGUACCUGCUACCAUGAAUGAUACCUUGUCUGGAAUUUUCGAGAGAGGCUUAAAUGGAGCUUUCCAUGAUUGGUGUGAGGCGUUCUCAACAUAUCCUCGCACGUAUGAUUUGCUGCAUUCCGAUCAUGUCUUCUCUCACUACAACAAAAGCUACGGAGAUGGUUGUUUGCUAGAGGAUAUCAUGCUUGAGAUGGACCGCAUAGUUCGCCCUCAGGGGUUUAUCAUAAUAAGGGACGAGGAAUCUAUCAUCUCAAGGAUCCGAGACUUGGCUCCUAAAUUAUUGUGGGAAGUGGAAACUCAUGAGCUUGAAAACAAAGACAAGAAGAUGACAGAGACUGUUUUGUUUUGCAGAAAGAGAUUCUGGGCUAUCAUUUGAAUAGACUCGCUAUUUUUGCUCUCUGGUGCAGCUUAGCUCUGAUGAUAGUUUACAAUAAGAAUUUUUUCUCAAACAUGUAAUAAACCCAAAAUAAUUACAUAUAUAUCAGACUUGGUACUGGUUCGGUCCAAAAUCAAUCAAAACCAGAUUGAUA